CUGGGGGCUGUCAGUCUCGUGCAGCAGAUCAGUGCGUGUCUCACUGAGCGACUGUAGCCCGCGGCUGGUGCUCGCUCGGAGGGUUUUCUUUCCCCCCCUUUUCCCUCCCCUUUCCUCAGUCACCCCUCCCCCGAACCCCGCUCCUGCGCCCUCACCCGUGACCUUCCACCCUCCUCCUUCUCCUCGGCCCUCCUCCAUCGGGUGACUGUCACGCUCGGACGGGACACACAAGGACUCUCGUCGAUCCCCCCCUCCCUCUUCUCCCUCCCUCUUCUCCCGCCCCAACGGCUCCUCGUAUCCGGGACACCGGCAGGUUCCCGCUCCCCUGACCUGACCCGCCCUUGUUCCCGGCACUGUUCCUCUCCUGCCCGGACGUUGGACUCGGUUCUGUGCUCGUUGCUUGAAAUCGUAUGACCUCAGGACACAAACCCAAGGGCUGCAGUUGACCUCUAGAACCAGUGAUUGAGGCAUCUGAAGAACCGAUACAUCACCAAACAUAUUAUAAAGAAUAAUGGACAACUGGGAGUAAUUAAAAGCCAACAGUACAAACACUGUGACGUAAUCUUCAUCUUGCGACAGAAGGCUGCUAACAAUAUAUUGAUCUCUUCAAACCCAUUGACAGCUGCCAGAAGGAGAACUUCCCUAAUCUUGUCUGUCUCUUGACUCACAUCAUUUCCUUUGGAAUACCUUGAUACUGUAAUAUUGACACCGUUAUGGAUCCUAAAGUUACCGAAGGGGGGCUGAAUGUUACUCUCACCAUCCGACUGCUCAUGCAUGGGAAGGAAGUUGGGAGUAUCAUUGGAAAGAAAGGGGAAACUGUGAAGAAGAUGCGAGAGGAGAGCGGUGCGCGGAUUAAUAUCUCUGAAGGAAAUUGCCCCGAGAGAAUCGUGACCAUCACGGGCCCAACUGAUGCAAUAUUCAAGGCUUUUGCAAUGAUUGCCUUUAAGUUUGAGGAGGAAACAAAGAUUUCAAGCACUUUGGAAUUAUCAACAUCACAAGGAGGAGAAACCGUUAGUGGAUACAAAGUGGAGACGAUGGGAAAGGACAUAAAUAAUUCAAUGACGAACAGUCCAGCUACCAGUAAACCUCCUGUGACCCUGCGACUUGUUGUACCAGCCAGUCAGUGCGGAUCACUGAUUGGAAAAGGAGGCUCCAAGAUCAAAGAGAUUCGCGAGUCGACAGGGGCUCAGGUCCAGGUGGCAGGGGACAUGCUACCUAAUUCCACUGAGCGUGCAGUAACAAUCUCGGGGAUGCCAGAUGCCAUCAUCCAGUGUGUGAAGCAGAUCUGUGUGGUAAUGCUGGAGGUAGAGUACAAGUCCCCACCGAAAGGUGCCACCAUCCCCUACCGCCCAAAGCCCGCCUCUGCCCCCGUCAUUUUUGCAGGUGGCCAGGUAAGAGCAGAUCCCCUGUCAGCCUCCGCAGCCAACCUCAGCCUCUUACUGCAGCACCAGCCACUGCCUGCCUAUACAAUUCAGGGACAAUAUGCCAUUCCACACCCAGAUGAUGCGUGCCUUCUGUCGGCUGAGUACAAAACAGCGCUGACAUCGACGUUGUGGAGAAGUCCGCAGCUCGCUCACCCAUCUUCCCAGUUGAAGGAGGCUGCAUGGAGACCAGAGUCCUUGAGAGGAAAAAUGGAAUUAAAAAACUGUAAUGAAGAAUCAGAAAACUGGGGUAUGGAUGCCAAUCCCCAGGCCAGUACUCAUGAACUCACCAUUCCCAAUGAUCUAAUAGGAUGUAUUAUCGGCAGACAAGGAACCAAAAUCAACGAAAUCAGACAAAUGUCUGGAGCGCAGAUUAAAAUAGCUAAUGCAACAGAGGGUUCAACAGAACGCCAGAUCACUAUCACAGGAUCCCCUGCCAACAUAAGCCUUGCACAGUACCUCAUAAAUGCAAGGCUAACAUCUGAAGUCUCUGGAAUGGGUUCCAUCUAAAUCAUCUUUCUCUGCUAUCUGUGUCAUGUGACCAUCCUACGCAAACCAUAAGCACCUGCUCACACCCUGUUUGUAAAAUUUGUAUAUGAAGUCCUGCCUCAUAGACAAUACUUAGAAUGUUUAAUUUUUAAAGAAUUAUAAAGUUUGUUUCCAAUUCCAAACCGUGGUUCCUUUCUUAAUUCAGCAAUGGAAUUGAUACCAGACUCUCCAUCCUUUACCAGUCCGCGCUUUAAUAUAGUUUUUCUCUUCCACAUUUACUUAAAAUUAACUAUUGCUUGCAAAAAAUGUAUUUGCAUUUCCUCUGUAUACUUUUAGUUAAGUCAUUACAGGUGACAUGAUUGCAACCUCUUUUUAUAAAAAAUAAAAAUAAUUAAUAAACCUUGAUGUAACCCAA